UUGUAUAGUGAUUGGUGGAGACCUGCUUAGUAAUUGACGCAAGGCUUCACUUAGAGAUACCACCAUUGAAGUCCACCUUCGACAACUUCCACUGUACAACAAUCCUCAGGCUCCCUUCUUUUUCGUGUUGGAUAUCGUGGCUGCCGCUUUUCAGCCAAGCUAAUGUCCACGAGAAUCAAAGUCCCACUGCAGCAAAGUCGCGAUAUUAGAUUCGAGUUGCUCUUUCCACGUCGUGGUGGCGAAACUGCAGCGCCCCGACUGUGACUUCACGAGAAGUUGAGGUGCAACAGGUUGGGAUCUCGGACCCAGACCUCCUGACUGUUCCAAUGGCGAUAUCAACGACAAGUCCAUCGGUUUCGACGACUCACGAUUCCAGCAAUGGUAAUGGCAAGGCCGGACUCAAGCCGAUGCGGAAGGGCACCAAGUCCUGCCUAGAAUGUCGACGACGCAAAAUAAGAUGCAUUUAUCCUGACGAGGCAACCGGGAACGCUACUUCGGCCCUCAUCUUGAAGGUGGAUGCCAGUCAUGCCACAGAAGACAGGACGACUUGCAUAGAAUGUCAGACCCAUGACCGCCGUUGCGAAACCCAAGGACUCGUAGCUCCUGCUGCAGAAUCGUCCUGUUCCCUCUCAUCUCCUGCAACGAAAGCGCCAAGUGCAGACCGUUUACCUGGACGAAUCUACAAACGUAGGAGGGAUGCCGCGGAGGAGGACGAAGCAAGUUGCCCGUCACCACAUUCGGGUGGGGAUCAGGACCUGCCGCGCGUGAAAAUCCUGGUGAAUAGGAUAGAUUCUGUUGUCCAAAGACUUACCAGGGAGCGGGAAAACGCUCCAAGUCCUGGUCCGAAAGCAGCACGCACUCGAAAAGCCAACACGACCGAUAGUCCAAGUUGCUCCACUGGAACGAGUAACCGACCCGUGUUAGUCCACCACGAUAGCUAUUCACAGCGUCUAAACGCAGAAACAAAUGGGGCGGGAGACAAAUUCUCUCCAGCACUGGCAUCAGACUACGAUGUGAACAGAGCAAGUCCAUUGCUCACCCAGUUGUUUAACAACGAAAUGGUCACACAAACGUCGCUAUCGCCCGCCGUCCUGACACAGAAAGUCCAGACUUUGACGUUCUCCAAUCUCAAUGCCGAUUCUGAAUCGAUGUCGGACGUCGAGAAAUUACGCUCGACAAUCUCACCCGAGCCGUAUCUACUAGAGGUCCUCAGCACCUCGACAACAUGGUGGAUUGCAUGGCGCGACCAGUCGUUCGCGUUGCACGAAGUCUUCUUCAAUGGUAGUAGCCCAAGAAGCGCAACGGCUUCAACAUUCAGCGAUAUCACAGAUGCCAGUGAUGAUACCGAGAAUACCGGUGCUCCUUGGCCUCAUCAAGAGAUAGCGCCUACCUCUCUCCAUGAUUUUGUCUCUGGCAAAUUGUCCGAGGACAAUGCGAUCUCGGUUGCCACGGGUUUGCUGUGUAUCGCAAUGUCGUUGCAAAAUCUGAAGCCUGGCGUUGACGACAUUGACCUGAACAUUUCGGCUUCACCGGCCGAUAUUGCUGAACGCAUUCUGCUUGCAGUCGACAUAGUGCUCCUGUCGCCGUCGUCCGACCCUACUUAUAUGCGGGAUCCUGCUUUACUGCUACUUUAUAUGAUGCGGGCGAAGAUGUAUGCUGAGUCGAACCAACUCCGUAAAUCCUGGCUGUCAAUCCGCAAAGCAAUUGAGGUAGCAAGGGAGUGCGGGUUCACUGAUUCGCACCCAUCGUCGGCUCAAGAAAGUGGUGGGAUACCAACCAUGAGUGAGGUCGAAGUUACCAGGCUGCUUCACCGCCAGCGAUGGAUUGGCUCGAUACUCGAACUGGAUCGUCUGAUGAGUAUGGUCCUCGGCUUCCCUCACGCGCAGGACGAUCAGUUCUCGGAUCGAUUAGCACUUGCAGUACUCAAGGGCGAGGUACCAACGUCUGCUUCCGACCGCGAUGAACUGCCUGUCGACCUCAAAAUGCGUGCUUUACGUCGUGUCGUCGCAGUCAUUGCAGGUCGCGUAAAUGACCGUAACGCCAGCUCCGAGUCAGAUGAUGCCAAACAAUCCAUGACCAUGAGCAUUCAAUCAAGCUUAGACGAGGCCGGGGCUGCGAUGCCGAUUGAAUGGUGGGACAUUGCCACGCACAUGGAACGGCCUGAUCGAUAUGUGACAUACCAGCAUCUCAUCGCACAAAUGUGGUUCUGGCAAGUGCAGUCUUUCCUGCAUCUGCCGUACAUGAUGAAGCCCGGUCCUCACUCUCAAGAAGAACAUUAUGAUGGUGCCGAGGACGCAGCACUAUUGUGUCAGAACGAUCAGUACCUGCAAAACCGGACCCUAUGCCUACAGGGCUGUAGGAGCAUGCUUCGACUAUUUCACUUAUUGCGCUCCGAUCCUUCACUGGCAGUCUAUAUCUGCCCCUGCGAAGACUUCCAAGGGAUCUUCAAUGCUUGUAUCCUUAUGGUCGGGUUGCUUACUCGCUUAGCAUACUGUCCGGCCAUGGAGCCUCCUUCGCAAGCGACAAAAGCCUUGCUUCGUGAAGAUCUCGACCUAAUCGAAGACAUCAAGGACAUUCUCCGCUAUCGCGCAGCCCAACACGCUGGCGCAAUGAGCAGGCAGGGUCUUAAGGUUUUGGAAGAGUUGGGUCAUUUCCUCGACAUCGAUGGUGGCGACAAUGCGCCUAGGAGACGUACAGUGGUACUGCCGUACUUUGGCGCAAUUCAUCUGGAGAUGAAACCGGGGCGAUACCUACGCGAGAGGACACAGGAGCUUGGUUUCGACGAGGCAGAACCAGGAGCGCCACCAAUCGACUCGGUUCCGACAGUGCCCGUCACUGGUGCAGUCGGCUUGGGUUUUUGGGACUCUACGCAGAACAUGUCAAUCACUGAAUGGGAAGGGUGCACCGACCCGUCUUUCCAGUGUUCGCUACCCGACGCAAAUCUAGAUUGGGAUCAGUUCCUAUUCGGUGAUGAGUUAAGCCUGAACUGGAACUUGGACGUCGCAGAGUGGCCUUGGCAGAAUGACACUUUUGAUCCAAGAUGAUUGAGACGGAAAGAUCUUGUUCUUGUCAGAAAAGCGCGCAUCUAAGUCGCCGCGUGUCUAAGUCAUGAAAAAGUACAAAUGAAUCACCCGAGAAGCAACAAAAGGC